UGUAGUUCCCGCCUUCUAACGCUAGGUUUUCUGGCGAAAUGUCCACUUAAAACGAUACCACCACUUUGCAGAAGAGAGAGACGUGCAGUUCUGCGACGUGGAAACUUCAGCCGUACCAGUCAAAACUUUGACUUUGUGCCUCAGGGCUCGCUAUGUCAUGAGCUCGCUGGAAUAGAUAAAUUAUGGUCAUGCAAAACUCGAAAUCACAUUUGUCGGGUAUAUCUCACUGAUGUCUGAGUGUUUUACUGGCUCAAUUUUGUUUACUAUCAUCGCUAACGUUAGCCAGCUAACUUCAUGACCCUAGAUUUGGUAGAUUCUGCUUGCUACCAAAGCCAUGGACGGGGCAAUGGCAAUUAUUUUGAUAUCAGUGGCUAUGUUCGUAGGAUGUUUUAUAUUAGGAAUGAUACCCCUCUUAAUCCGACUUUCAGAGCAAAAGCUGCAGUUUGUCAGUGUAUUCGGGGCAGGGCUCCUAUGUGGCACCGCUCUUGCUGUUAUAAUUCCUGAAGGGGUGGAGUUGAUGGAGAAUUCAUCGAGAGAGUAUGUCUGCUCCAGGAUGGCAGCCAAUGGAAACACUAGUGAAUAUAGCCCUGAGCUGGUUGCCGGGAAAGGCCUACCACCCCAUUUCUUCAUCGGCGUCUCCCUCGUGAUCGGCUUCACCCUCAUGUUUGUCGUGGACCAGAUUGGCAGCUACUGCUCCAUACAUGAUCCUCGAACAGGCAUGUCCAGCAGCACAAGUGUCACAGCUACCUUAGGACUUGUGAUUCAUGCAGCAGCGGAUGGAGUAGCCUUGGGUGCUGCAGCGGCCUCCUCCCAGGUGUCUGUACAAGUCAUCGUCUUCUUCGCAGUAAUUCUGCACAAGGCUCCGGCAGCGUUUGGUCUGGUGUCCUUCCUCAUGCAUGCAGGCCUGGAGCGUAAACAGAUUCAGAACCAUCUCCUGGCGUUCGCGGCCGCAGCCCCUGUCCUGGCCAUCAGCACCUAUUUCAUCCUCAACGCUACUGGAGGAUCACCUCAGCAUCGAUUAAGUGCUACUGGCAUCGGAUUGCUGUUCUCAGCUGGAACUUUCCUGUAUGUUGCAACGGUACAUGUACUCCCUGAGAUCAGCAACAGGGGGCAGCACCAAUCCAACCAUCUUCCCCACCAUGCAGGAGCAGGAGCCUACCAACAGGGGGGGCUAGGGAUUCUAGAGAGUCUCAUCCUCAUUAUUGGAGCUGGACUUCCUGUACUACUUGCCCUUGGACUGCAUGAUGAUUGACACACAAUUAGAAUAUCUCCACAGUGUGUAUGAAUGACAUUUGCAAAUGUUUUUUUUCCCUUUUGUAGGAAUGGUACAUUUUAUAAAGUGUUGUAUGAUGGAAAAUUGCCUAACCAAAACCACCUAUUGUAAAUAUUAUAUUAUGUUUUUCUGAAUGCCUUUGAAACUGAAGAUCACACUUGAAUUAUGAUGGCUAAACUAGCGACAUGUUCUCUACACCCAUCAAGCUUUUGUAAACUGUAGUGUGAGUGAGUCAGCUGAAGCUUUCUGUGAGGAAUGUACACAGAUCGCCAUAGAGACCAAGAGUUUCACUCAGGGAUCUGGGCAUAGGAUCUCAGUUGAAUGUUUUUUACUGAAUGAACAUUUUCAAAGAUUUAGUACUGGCCACCUGCUAGUUCAAAGUACUAAAAUAUUUCUGACAGGUGAAGAAGGUCAGCAUGAUUCAUUCCUAUUGGAAUGAUCUUUAUGUUUUUUAAUGUUGCCAUUAAAGUUAAGGGCAACACGUUAAAAGCCAUUUGAACAAGUAAAGUUUUAGUUAAAGUCAGUUUUGGUCAGUUAAAAUUCUGACUGAUCAAUUAAAUUACUUAAAACUAAAUGUUUUUAAUGCGGUAAUUUUCUGUAUUUCAUUCUACAUUCCUGUUAAAUACUUAAUAUGCAAGAUAGCGUUUGCAGAGCUUUUCAGUGGUUUGAUGGAGAAGCGAUGAUCAGGAGCACUGGUGAAUAUUGUUAAACUAGCAGAAUGGUUAAUGUGAUUAAGUAGCAUUGUCAGUCAUUCUAAAGCUAAUAAUAAAUUUACAUUUGUGUCGUUAUCAUAGUUGCAAAUGAAGCAGGUUGCAUAGCAAUGUACAUUUAUUCAAAACACAACAAUUAUUAAGAGCUGUAGAAUUAUCUUCAGAGAGGUCUGUAAAAUAUAUUUUGAUUUUGUUGACUCAGAAGCCAUAUUACAGGUGAACUUGUA